AUGUGGUUGGAGGAUCAACCUGGUGUGUUCUACAGAAACGGUGCCCAGAGAUGCAUCAAACGAAAGGAGAAAUGCAUAACUCUAAGUGGAGAAAGACUAAUAACUGUGCAAAGUUUCAUCAAUCUUCUGAUAUGGGAAAUGGGUCAGGGACAUUACUUAUUGAACGCCCCUCGUAGGAACAGUGAUUACUUUACACUCACUGUAACCAUUGGUCACUACGCCGAGUGGGAGUUUAGCUCCGCUCAGGUACCAAUUGUGAAACUGUUUCUUUCUGGACGUUGGCUAAGGGAUGUAUUCACCGAAGCAUCGGCAUUUCUAUAUAGGGCAACGAAACAUCGUGUUUAUUUUCGAAAUAUAACUAUACUGGUGCCAGCAAGAUGGUCAGAAGAUCUUGGGUAUAGAAUGGCUACUACUGAGACAUACGAAACGGCUCAUUUCCGAGUUGACAAAAAAGGAACUGCCGGAGACAGGCCAUAUGCACGCCAAAUCGACUGUUGCGGAAAACCCGGUCUAUAUGUUCAAAUGACUGAAACGUUUUUUACUAAUGUGUCGGUUCCGAGUAAUCUAGGACCUCUUGACAAAGUCGUAGUACAUGAAUGGGGACACUUACGUUGGGGAUUAUUUGAUGAAUACACAGUAGACGAAGACAAGAGCCAUUUCUAUUUAGACUCAAAUGAACUUCUUCCUGUUGCCUGUCAUUCCUUGAUAAGUGGGAGCGAGCCAUGUAGCGACAGAGGCGCAGAUGGAUUACCAUUGCCUGAGUGUAUAUUCCGGGCAGAUCCCGAGCAACCCGUUGACUGGAUCAAAUCGUCUAUUAUGUUUGCACAGUGGAUUAAAUCGGUUGAAGAAUUCUGUCAUGGCGACCCGUCGGAUCCUAAUGGUAAACACAACCGAGUGCCCCAAAACAGGCAGAAUGUAAUAUGUGAUGGGAGGAGUGCAUGGGAAGUCAUGCUCAACCAUAGUGAUUUUAUAAAUGGUACCAACCCGACUCGAGUAAUCGAUGAUACAUCUCCUAAUUUUAUCAUCAAGCGAAGUGAAGUUCGAAGAGUGGUCUUGGUACUUGACACAUCUGGCAGUAUGGCUGGAAAUCGUAUUCAAAGACUGUAUCAGACGGCAACGUAUUUCAUUGAUACCAAGAUCGAAGAUGGUAGUUUUGUAGGAAUUGUUGGAUUCUCAUCUACUGCAGUUAUUCUUGCUGGCAUGACAGAAAUAAAGUAUGGAUUCCAGCGUGAUGACAUUGCAUCAAAUGUCCCACAAGUUGUCGAUGGAUUCACUAGUAUUGGAGCUGGCUUGGAACUUGCCCUUCAGGUAUUAGAAAAUGGCAAUGUGGCUUCAGAAGGGGCAUCAUUGUUACUUAUCACUGACGGUGCAGAAAAUAGAUCUCCAUUUAUCGCGAAUGUUUUGCCAGAUAUCUACGACUCAGGUGUCCGUGUAGACACGUUUGCUUACACAGAAAGUGCACAGUUAAUACUUCAAAAUUUAUCAGAUACUACAGGUGGUUUGUACUUCUAUGUACCAGACAAUGAUAAUUCAACGGCUUUUAUCGAUUCAUUAGCAGCAACCAUUACUGACAAUCCCCUGGGAAACUCAGAUAUCAUACCAAUCACACUGGAAUCAAGUGUGAUAACACUAACAACUAGUGAGAUGACCUACGAAGAUACACUUUUCCUGGAUUCAAGUCUAGGAAAUCGAACUGUAUUCUCGUUCAUAUUUCUGGAAACAGUUUUGGAUGUCGCUCUUCUCUCUCCCACUGCAGUACGGAUUGAUAAAUACUACAUUGGGUAUUCCGUCCACGAAGAACAACGUAGGGUCGCUAUCGAAAUACACGGCAUAGCAGAGGCUGGCAUAUGGACGUAUAUUAUUUAUAACACCAAUGGCACCUCAGGCAUUAUAAAAAUAAUACUAGAAUCCCGAAUGCAAAAUGAAGAUGACGAACCUAUUCGAGUUUUAGGAAGAUUGAGCAAAACUACAUUGAGUUAUGGCACAGACCCUGAGCUAGUGUUCAGAGCGGAAGUGAGAAAAGGAUAUUCCCCUGUCGUUGGCGCCCAAGUCAUUGCGACAGUUAAUACACCAAACAAUGGCAAAGUAGUCCUAACGUUAUUUGACAAUGGCGUAGGCGGUGAUAUUAUAGCAAAUGACGGCGUGUAUUCAGCAUACUUUCUGGACUACACACCAUGCGGUGCAACAUGCAGAUAUGGAGUGAAAAUCAAUGUCAGAAAUACAGAUGGCACUGCAAUGAUUAAAUCAUAUGAAACUUUGAAUGGAGCCUUACCUAUGAAUCAAAACAUUCGAAGAACUUCAAAACUGACAACUGCUGAUUUGUUUACAAGAACUACUUCAGGUGGUGCAUUUGACGUGGAGGGAGGGCCUCCAGCUGGUACAGCCCCAAAAGAUAUAUAUCCACCGUCCCGUAUAACAGAUCUGAAGAUUGAAGAGCAAUCAUAUGACAAUGGUACUAUCAGAUUGACGUGGACUGCUGUAGGCGAUGACUACGAUAGAGGAAGGGUUGACAGUUAUGACUUGAGAAGAUCUACAGGUGUUGAUGAAUUAUACGAUAAUUUUGACAACGCUAGCCUGGUGACAAACGACGAUCUCCUUGUGGGAAAUCUAUCGUCUCCACAGGUAGCCAGAUCUCGUGAAUCAAUCGUGGUUAUAAUGAAUGCAACACAUAAUAACCGAACCCACGCUUUCUCUGUUAGAGCCAUCGACACAGCUGGUAACCAGGGGAAACCGUCUAAUGUUGUAUUCACCACAUUUGUGUAUGUACCCCCAGUAACAAGCACAGUAGCACCAACCUCAGAGUCGGAUGUCCUGUGGCCAAAUACUACACUGACUACUCCCAGACAGAACGUCACUAAAAGUAAAUUGACAACUACUGCACUAAUACUAAUUAUCGUCGUUUCUUCCAUCGUUGUUAUUGCUCUGCUUUGUGCAAUUAUAUGUUGCAUGCAAAAACGACACACUAAAGGGAGAUUUGAUUUGCCAAUAUAG